AUAAAGUUUGCUUGUAAAAACCAUCCAGACACGACAAGACCUAGAUAGUGUGUUCAUUUCAGCAAUAUGUGCGGCCAAUUUGGCGAACGAGCCGCGUGGUGUCGCUAAGGCUUCGCGCACGACGCGCGCACAACGCCGCGCACAUUGCACGCGCGGAGCGGUAAGCACGUUCUCUCCCACUCGGCGCGUCGCCUGAAACUCUCGCAGUGGACGCUGGCGAGAUCAGCCUCGCUUUCGUCAGCGGCCAAUAGGAAUCCGUAUGCAAAUAGCCUGGAUAAGAGACGCGUCGGGGGCUCGAGGCCGUUCACACGCGCGCUGCACGUUCUGCUGUGUGUGUGUGUGUCAUGCGCGCGGUUCUGCGGCGUCUAGGCUCACGUUAAGCUCACUUUGCAGGCAGCAUAGCCAAUAAACGUGCGUCACGGAUAUUCGCCCGAUGUGCAACAUGACAUUGGAGGAGCUUUGCGGGGAUAACGCCACGGAAAGGAUGGAGUGCGUGGCUAAGGCCCUGGAGGAGGUUCUGACUGCGGCUGUACCCCAGGGCUGCAUCACGGUGGGGGUCUACGAGGCAGCAAAGGCGCUCAACGUAGAUCCAGACAACGUGGUUUUAUGUCUUCUGGCCACAGAUGAAGAGGACGCUCAGGACGUCGCCCUUCAGAUUCACUUCACGCUGAUCCAGGCGUUCUGCUGCGAGAACGACAUCAACAUCUUGCGCGUGAACAAUAUGAGACGUCUGGCCGAGCUCGUGGGGAACGUUAAACCGGGAGGAGAGCCAGUGGACUUGCACUGCGUCUUAGUCACGAAGCCACAGUCUUCUGCAUGCAAAGACUCAGCCCUCAGCAAGCUGAACCAUUUCUGCAGAGAUAGCAGGUGUCUGGACCAGUGGGUGCCGGUCAUCAACCUGCCGGAGCGAUGAGAUGGCGCUGGCGUGUGGCGUCACGUCGCACGCGCACACAAAGCUACUGCACUGUAUUCGUGUAAUGCCUUGGCCAAAUGCCCCCGGAUAGCCCUCACCCUACCGCAAGAACAAGGGAGGCAAGGGAGACAGACAUGUAAGGAACAAGGAAACCAAAUCCAGCCAACAACAGGGGAGUGGAUGGUUUUUGGGCCGGAGGGGGUGGGGGGGGGGAGAGAGAGAGAGAGGCAUGACUCAGCAGUAUACUUGCACUGCUGCCAGGGAAUGACGGAUCCUGCCUUUAGUCGGGAAACAAAAAGACUGUGUAACUGAAACAAUCAUGUAAACACUCGUCAGCACGGAAGGACCAGUCAGAACUGGAGAAGCUGGCCAAGGCACAGCUCAACGUCACUAGACUAUAAGAUGGAUUGCUAAACAGGAUGUUCCCAGCAAAACUGUUUUGGAAAUGCUGUUGAAUUUUGAAGAGGAGUUUUAACUUAUGUUAAGUCUUUUAAUUAUUCUAACUAUUUAAAAAAUAAAUGGAAAAGUCUUUACUGGUUUAGGAAAGGUGUUACUUUUUUUAAGAUCAUUUUUUGAAUGUUCUCUUUAUUUCUUUAAUUUAAAGACCUGUAUUUAUGUUGAUUGUACAAUUUCUUAAGGUUUGAGGAAUUGAAUAAAAGACCCAAGGGAAAGUG